UGCGAGAGCUCUAACCCUCAACUUGGUUAUGGAGCACCAGUGCAGAAAAUUGCACGACGACCCGUGGCUGGCAAAUUCCAAUUAAAGAAGUUCAUUGCGAAAAACAUUACCUCAGCCAGGGGGCAUGAACCGUCGGCGCGGAAGAUGAGUAUGGCUCGCCGGGUUCUCCGAAGGUAUCCGAGAACGAUGGCCGGUCGUUCGCGCGAGGUGACGCAGCGCUUCGAGUACCUUCUCGUGAUGGACUUGGAGGCGACGUGCGAGAGGCACGAGGUGCUCAAGCCGCAGGAGAUCAUCGAGCUGCCGUGCGCGGUGCUGUCCACCCGCGACUGGCAGCUGAAGGACAUGUUCCAUGCGUACGUGAGGCCCAGGGUCCAUCCCACCCUCACGUCCUUCUGCACAGAAUUGACCGGGAUCAUGCAGGAGACGGUGGACGACCAGCCGCACUUCGCGGACACGUUCCCGCGGUUCUGCGAGUGGCUGAAGGAGGGGGGGUACGUCGACGAGGCUGGAAAGAGCUCGUUCGUGACGUGUGGCAACUGGGACCUGAAGAUCAUGCUGCCGAGCCAGUGCGACCUGGACGGCAUCGCUCUGCCGGAUCAGUUCAAACAGUGGAUCGAUCUCAAGUACACGUUCUGCGAGUCCACCGGGUACUAUCCGAAGAGCUUGAGGGACAUGCUUAUGCGAUUGAACCUUCCGCUGAGGGGGCGUCUGCACUCGGGCAUCGACGACGUGGGAAAUAUGGUCUCGGUGAUGCUGGCUUUAAAAGAGAAGCACAACACGGAAUUCAACAUCACCUCGUCGCUGACGACUUCUCCGAUAAACUUAAAUAACUACGGGCAGACCGGAGCGGCGAGGGACGUAGCGAAAAAAGACACGUAGCGGUUUAUUAGAAAUUCGUCUUGCAUUAAUAAAAUAUCGAUUUUGUUAAACUUUCAGUUACAAUAUAAAUAAAUAAUCGAUUGUC